CAAGAUUCGGCACCGUAUAAAAUAGUCAUCACAUCAGCGCAAAGAAUAAAGAUGGCUGACGUACAUACAUCUGAUCUUGAAAGUUUAUCUGCCUCUGUUGGUCAUGGACACAGUCAUGGACCUACCCCAGAGUUUAAAGUUCAGUCACUUGAUAUAUAUCGUGCUGCACAACUUGGGGAUUUAGCAAGAUGUCAAGAAAUCAUAGAAAAGAGUGGCAUCGAAAUACUCUUGGAGCAAGAUGAAAGAGGACAUACUGCCAUGCAUUGGGCAUGUCUUGCUGGACAUAACAAUGUCAUUCGUUAUUUUAUACAAUGCAACGCUCCUUUGGAUAAACCAAGUAGCAAUGAACUUGCACCAAAACCAAUGCAUUGGGCAUGUGUUAACGGCCAUAUAUUGACUGUGGAUUUAUUACUUCAGCAUGGCGUUUCAAUCAACACAACAGACAACCGUGGUUGCACUCCUUUAAUUAUUGCAACUCAAUAUGGUCAAACUAUGCUAGUUGGAUAUUUGAUAGGUAAAGGUGCUCGGAAAGAUUUUACAGAUAUUGAUGGUGACACAGCCUUACAUUGGGCUGCGUUUAAAGGUCAUGCAGAGAUAGCACAGCUGUUGGUUUACAGUGGAUUCAACGCGAAACAGAAAGACGAUGUCGGUCAGGCUCCACUCCAUUUAGCAUGUUUGAGUGGCAGUUUGGAAACAGUGCGAUUCAUCACCAUGCAGGAGCCUGAUUUAUUUUUGAAAGACAACAACGGCAAAUCAGCACUAGAUUUAGCAAAAGGUAGAAAUUAUAAAGAUAUCAUUUCUUACUUGGAGAAAACCAUCAAAAUGGAAACAUAUUGCAGCUUUUGCAAGAAAGCUUUCAACAUGUUAGGGGGUGAGAAGCGCCAUCUCGUAUUUUACAUGAUCUGUCUCAUUUUCUUCAGUUACCCAAUGUAUUUCUACCAAUUUUCAUAUCUAUGGUCAAACUUUCAAUCAACAAACGUUAUCUUUCUUUUGUUGAAUAUUCCCAUGUGGUAUUUCUUUCUAAAAACUGCUAGGACGGACCCUGGGUAUUUAGAAAGACAUACAGAAGGUUAUGAUUUAGCGUUAAAACAAGUAUCCCUGCAUAAGGAGUGGGAGACUGAUUCUGAAAAUAAUCCUUUGACAAGACUGUGUCACACGUGUCGUCUAGUGCGUCCUCAGCGCGCUAAACAUUGUCGCGUGUGUGGCCGUUGCGUCAACUAUAUGGAUCACCAUUGCAAUUUUGCAUAUAAUUGCAUUGGAGCAAAAAACAGAGUAUACUUCAUCCUGUACUUAGCAUCAUCAGUGAUUGCAUCAUAUUUUGCAUUUUUUCUGGCCAAGCAAGUGUUGAACGAAUUUGGUUGGACUCCUCUUCGCGUUGUAUUUGCGUUGCUGUAUAUUGUUUUCGUUCCAAUGAUGUCUUUUCUUCUAGUUACACAACUUCUUAUGAUCUCGAUAAACCUGACGACAAACGAGAGGAUCAAUAUGAAAAGGUAUACCUAUUUGCGAGAUGAUCAAGGCGUAUUUAGAAAUCCUUAUGACCGUGGCUUCUUUAAGAAUUGGAUGGAAUUUUUUAACUUUCUACCGGCACUUCGAUAUGGAAUUGAUCGCAAAGAAGGAGAGCUGUUUUCUGUCUAACCACGUAAAACUGAUAGUUUUUUUGUGAUGAAUUCAUAAAGUCUCGAUGGGGAGUGUUGCCGACCGAUCGAGUAUACGGUCGAAUGUUGUGGCAAGUAUACAUAAGAAAACAAAUUGAUGAACACGAUGAAGUAAAUUGUAUUAUUUUUUUAGCAAUUGAUAAUAUUUAAAUACAUAGCGGUUACAUAUCCUUUUA